AGGCAGCAGAGAGCCCAGCCAUAUCCCUGACUUCUUUUUGAACAAAGGCAGAGAAGGAUGGCAGGCUUCACAGAGCCAGCCACGGGCCUACAAACACUGGGAAAGAGCAUCUGCCAUAUAACCACACCAUGUAGCACAAGCACAGGAGCUGAGCCUGCUGCUGGAGCUGAGAGCCCAAGACGGAGCCCAAGGCUGAACUCUUCCAAAAUCCACCUGCUCUCUGAAGGAUUCAAGACCUAAUUGCAAAGUGUGGCGCUACCCUGGCUUCUCAUCAAGUCAGAGCUGCGGGUGCUCAAGAGAGCUCAAGGAGCUCAGUCUCUCUAAGGAUAAAGUCCUUUAAGGCUGCAAGAAACCUGUUGCAUUGUAUUUAAUUUCUGAGUGCCUUCAUGUUGCAAGGCUGGUGAGCAAACAACUCCCCUCUUUCCAGCAGAAAUCUUCUCCAUAAGUCAUAGUUACAGGCCUUAAGUAUUGGUUUUUAUUCAACAUGUUUUUCCACUGCACAGAUUUUAGAAUGUUGUUUAAAGGUGUGAAUUGGUUACAAUAAUUGUCACGAUUCCUACAAACUGCUAGGCAUGUCCAAGAGUUUACAAACACACCUGUGCACUAAGAUCUUCCUUAUAUGGUAACUUCAGGCAGAAGUUCUACCUCUUUCCUGCAACAACCUUACUUUGAGCAGGGCUAGAUUAAGGCAUAUCUCCUGCCUUAAAAUGCCAGCAUAUGGAGUCAGAGGAUUAUGUAUCAGUCUAACCUCUAACUAGAGAAAUGAAGCCACUUGUGGUUACUUGCAAUACAAACUAAACCUGCGAGCAAAUACAAACUAAAUGGAGAAAACUACAACUUGCUUGGGUUCAAAAACAGUCAGGGAAAACAAUGGCUUCUAAUAGGCAGGGCUGCCUUUCCAUCCUGUUGGGAUGAUACCUGCAGAGGUGCGGCCACUUACACCCAGCACCUGCACUCCUAACACCAGCCUCUGCAUGCGCACAGAGACCAGCGGGCCCUGUGCAACGCAUGCCCGUGUGGACAAGGACGAGGUAAUAGCUCCUGGAAAUCAGCGUCUCCUCCGCUGCUGCUGCUGCUGCAGAAGGGGUGUGGGUACACCGGGGUACAAGAGAGCUGCCCCGCGCUCUGGACACGGCACAACAAGCUGCAGCUGCCGCUUCCCCCGCACAACUUCCCGCAGCCCAAGGGACUUUCACCACCACGCUGGCGACAGGACGAUACCUCACACCGGGACGCUGCUCCGGCCCCAGCCACUACACCCGCACCAAGCACUGGAGCGAGGCCCGUGGGACGAGACGGAUCCCCCCCUCCCCAGUGCGGUGGGGUGCGGAAUAAGGAAGGACCAAAUGACAAAUGGCUCCGAAAAUCCCGCCGGUGAGCCAGAGCGGCCUACAGGCAGCUGGGCCGGGCCUGGAAUGCGGCGGUGCCCCCUAACGGCGGCGGCCGUGCGUGCCGGCGGCGGUUGUCACAUGUCGGAAAGUCCCCGGCGCUGCCGGUGGAAAUCCCCGGUGGGGCUUUUUGUUGUUGUGUGUUUUCUUCUUCCUCGCCAGGGCGCUGAAACAGAAAGGGGGGGAAAAAACCCCAAGAGGCUAGGCUCAGCCCCUCAUUCCGCGGCGGUAACAGCAACAACAGCAACAGCUCCGGCGCGGAGAGUGCGGCGAAGGAAAGGAGAGCCUUGGCUCGGUUCGGGGCUUGAUGGCUGCCGAAUACAACUUCUCCCCACCGUCCCAGCCCCGUUGCUGAAGCAGGAGUUACCGACCGGAGGAGGAGCCCGUCGGCGGAGGGGUGAGCACCGCUUGGGCGUAAGGAAGGAGGGAGGGAGGGAGGGAAGGCGGCGGGGCGGCUUCUCCUCCGGCUUGCCGCCCGACUGCGAGGGGACCAGGUGGGUCCUCAGGGGUCGCGUUGUCCGCCUGCGGGCGUGCGGCGCCUCCUGCUGGCUGGGGCGGGCGCCGCGGGUGUGUGUCUUCAGUCCCCUAACUCGGGGGGGUUGUUAUUGCUGCUUUUCGGAGGGCCCGGAAUUGGUAUAA